UGUAGUAGAUUCUGUAAUUUAGCGUGUCGCAUCAAGAGUCCUGAAGCGGCGGAAGAGGCAUGAUUUUCCAAGCGCAGUCUUCUCUUUAACCGCGCAUAGACAGACACACGCACGACUAGCGAACACACGACCAGAUUGUAACGUUUUUCCUCGUUUUCAAACGCAUUUUGUUCAUUUCCUGCUAUAUAAACUACUCUGUUAGCAUUAGCCAGGUAGCUUGCAUCUGGAAAUCCGACAAGUAUGAUCAGCCUGGCGGUGGAUUAAUCGGCCUAUUGUAACAGAAGAUUCAUUUUUCUCACGUGAAACCGCGAUGUCACACAGUGUAGUAAAUAUUGAUUGUUGUUUGUGUUGUUCCAAAGGCGCUGUCUGAAGUUUAUGUAACGUUACGUUAGGUUUGUAAAGCUUAACAAAACCCAGGAAAACUGGAGAUCACAGCCAGGAAAUAUCUUCAGGAGAGCAGACUAAAGCCCUUUCUGCCUUCAGACUCGUCAGUUUAGAGCAAACAAAGAGGAUAUCCAUCCAAAGCCGUUUCAUUCCAUCUGCAGAAAGAGAAUAAAGCAAAAAAAAAAAAAAAAAACAGGCUGAUAUGAUGUUUCCACAAGCCAGGCACUCGGCUUCGUCUCAAUCGACACAGUCGCUCAAAUUCACCACGUCAGACUCUUGUGAUCGCAUCAAAGAUGAAUUUCAGUUCCUGCAGGCCCAGUAUCACAGUCUGAAGCUGGAAUGUGAUAAACUGGCGAGUGAGAAAUCUGAAAUGCAGCGUCAUUACAUAAUGUAUUAUGAGAUGUCAUACGGACUCAACAUUGAAAUGCACAAGCAGGCCGAGAUUGUGAAGAGAUUGAACGGAAUCUGUGCUCAGGUGUUGCCUUACCUGUCUCAAGAGCACCAGCAGCAGGUCCUGGGAGCGAUUGAGCGAGCCAAACAGGUCACCCCUCCUGAGAUGAACUCAAUUAUUCGGCAGCAGCUUCAGGUUCACCAGCUCUCUCAGCUUCAGGGUUUAGCGUUACCCAUGACCCAUCUGCCCCUGGGCCUGACUCAGCACUCUCUGCCCGCUGUCACCUCCAACUCCGGCCUCCUGUCUCUGUCCAGCAUCCUCGCAUCCCACGCGCACCUGGCCAAGGAGGAAAAGAGCUUCCGCGACGCGGCCGACGGCCACCGUGACGAGGACGCCGACAAAUCCGACUAGCCUUCACAGAGACAGUUUGAUUCUGUCAUGACGGGGUGCAGAAAGAGAGGAGGAGGGAUCGUCUCAGAGGAUUGGGUCUGAUUCACUCUCUCUCUAUCUCUCUCUCUCUGUUCACACUGCAAAUCUUUAUUCUGUAAUUUUGUUUGACUUAAUUUUUGUUUUUUAAUUAGUGAUGUUUGCUAAGGCUCUAGAACUAUUGCUCAUACUUGGGGUUAGUGAUUUGAACAGACCCCUAACCCGGAGUAUUAAACUUCAGCAUGUAACAUACCUCAAAUUGUGUGUCUUGUUGAGGAGAGCUGUAUUAUUACUGUAAGUUUGACUUCUGGUUUUUCUUGGCAGUCAAUAAAAUGGAUGAAAAAAUGCCAUAGAUAUUGACCGAGAGACCCAAAUCGUAUCCAGAGACCUGAAUAUAAUAGUCUUCAUGAUGCAUCAUCCAAUGCUCUAGUAACUGUAUAGCGGCCCUGGCCACUUUUCUAAACACACUCCAAACAACUUGGCAAGAGCACAGCAGCGCCCUAGCAACUAAUCAAAUGCCCAAGUCUUUGCAUAGUGCAUUAACAAGCAACCACAGAGUGAGACCCUAGCAACCACAUAGCAACACCCUAGCAACUGCAAAACUGCCCUGGCAACUACUCCAAACACACAUGUGCAAACAAACACAACGAGCGAUGCCUUGGCAAUUAACCAGAUUGGCCUGGUAGCACUCUAGCAACAGUAGCAUUAAUAAUGUUAUUAAUGUUUAGAGCAUUUUUAAUAUAAAUAAGCACCAGUUCAGCUGCGAUACCAAACAGGACCAGAGGAAGACCUCUAAACCUGCUUCCUUAACCUGACUGUACAUGCUACUAUACGGAUCCAUUGAGAAUAACCAAAACAACAAAACACCGUUUUUAUUAUAAAACACUCAAAACAUUCGAAACAUCUAAAACACACAUCCACCUUGGCAACUAUCCAGAAAGGCCUAGCAGCCACCUCGUAACAUCCUAGCAACUGCAUAUCCACCCUGGCAACCACCUCAAACACAGCAGUGCACAAAACAACCAAUUAGAACAACUUCCAAAUAACGACGGCAGCAACCAAUCCAAAUGCCCUAGCGUUUGCAUAGCAAUGCAUCAUUCAUAACUCUUAAACAACCACCCAGAAUGUUCUGUUAGUGGCAUAGCAACAUGCUAAAACAAUAGAACACCCUAGCAACCAUACCAAUGCCUUGGCAACCACCUGAAACAGCCGAGCACUUGAUAGUGAUGUUGUUGUGUGUGUUUGAGUUGGCCGGUCAGUGUUCGGUUUAUGUCAGAUAAGCCUGCAGUCCAUUCUUCUCUUAGCUACUGUUCAAUAUAUUUCAUCAUAUUCUAUUCUGCGCAUGUCUAGUUAAGGGUUUUAACACUAGUGAACCUUUCGCUGGAUUAUUCCUAGUGAUUUACAUAAAAAGGUGACGCGCUAUCUAUAUUGGCCAAGCAUCUGUGUGGGAAAGUGAAAGGCCUCAGAACACACAGAGAUAUUCCAAGUUCAGACCCACAUCCUGGAAUCUUUCUGUGUCAUCCUGGCUUGCAGUGAAUGUGGUUUCAUGUUUGUCCAGCAGGUGGCAGCCACUGAGUGUGUGUGUGCUGAAGGAUUGGUGCAGAUGUAUUGCGUUAUUUGAAAUGGCAUACUAUCAUACUACUACUACAGCAGUGGUUUUCAGUAGUUUUUAGCUUUUUGGUUGAUAUUGACUAAAAUUAUGUUAUUAGUAGCUAUAAAGCAUUUCAAGUUAACUAUAAAUAUGAAAAUAAUUAAACUAAAAUGCAAACAAAAAAAUCAAGAUUUAAGACUGAAAUGUAUUUCUUAUAUAAUAUAAUAAUAAGAAUACAGUAACAAUUUUUUUUUUAUCUCAAUAACUAUUGUUUAAAUGAAGUUAUUGAAAUCUCUAAGAUAAAAUACUUCACAAUAAGGUCUCGUUUGUUAACAUUAGUUAAUGCAUUAAGUAUAUGAACAAUUGAUUUUUAACACUCUUAUUAACCUUUGAUAAUGUUCAUGUUAGUUUAAGUUAUCAGAUAGAACUUUUGAUUUGAAUAAUUCAUCCCUAAACGUCGAAAUUGACAUUUAAGAUUAAUAAAUGCUGUAGAAGUAUUGUUAAUUUCAACUAAUAUAGUUAACAAAUGAAACCUUAUUGUAAAGCAUUACCAGUGCUCACAAUUUUUCUUAAUAAAAAAGUAGCUGUCAUAAUUUAAGGCAGUUUAAUAAAUCUAACCGGGAUUUGCAGAAUAACCUUUUUUUUUUUUUUUUUUACAUGGACACUACUUGCUGAAUGAAACCUGCAAAAUGACGAGCUCAUCCCAAUGCGGCACACAGUACUUAGUAUGCUAGUAUUCCAGGCUGUUUUAAAGACAAGACUACCUAAGGUUGUACAUAGGCACUGGUGCAUUGUGGGUAUUUUAUGAUUGUGCAUUCCUGGACAUUUAUUUCUCGUAUGUGUCUAGGGAGUAUUAGUUUGUCCCAUGAUGCUUUUGUAUUUUCAGUUUUUCAGUACACCAGUGCUGAUUGAUGUAUGCUAAGAAACGCUCACCGUUGAGCCCUUGGUUUCUUACGUUAAUCUCUAAAUUAAGUUUUCUGACUUUUAUUCUUUAGAUGUUUUUGCUUGAUUUCAAAAACUGUCUGCCAAUUUAUAUACAUCAUGUAUAAAUAUAUCAAUAUACAUUUAAUUUUGUAAACAAUUUUGUAUGUAUAAAGCUAUGUUUAUGGUGUAUGUGGCCCAGGCUAUACAGAAAUCUCUGAUCAUUUAGUCGUCAAAUCGAACAUUUCCGCUCUGCUUUGUUCAGUUGUGCGUAGCACUGGCUGGUCUCGACUAGUUCUAGUUGCUAAAGGGUAAAUGAUUUGUUCAGAGGUUCUGACUUGGUCUCAAUCUCAUGAACAUCAGCUGAAAAAGCGUUCUGUAAAUCCACUGACACGAGCGAUUCCUGAAGCCUCCGUCUUCGGACAGUUCUCAUCUGAUAUUUGCCACAUUUUGAAGCUUUGUAGUAGUUUUUUUUUUUUUUUUUUCAAAUGUGCGUGUGUUGUAUGUAACAUGAUGUUCUUGAUGGAAAUGUAUGUUGUUUGUGCUAUUAUAACUUCAUUUAAAGAUGAUUGUUGGAAGAAAAAAGGUUAAAACAUUUACUAUGAGAGAUUGAGCAGUAAGGAAGUAUUUAUGGUGCCUUACAAAUAAAAGCUUCAUUGGACCUUUA